UGCCGAUAGAGCAUUGAGAGAGCGCCGAUCGUGAAAAUUUGAGAAAAAACUAGUUUCCGCGCGUUCCGAGAUUUACAGUGGCGUCGUAUGAGUGCCGAAUGCUAGUGUUUUAAUUGUACAACUUGCAGUUGUGGGGGUUGGGAUAAUGAGGAAAAAGUGUCCUCUACGUCGUAAAAUGUACGAGAGUUCGUGCUCCUAUCAAGGAGCGUUAGAACUGAAAAGAAGUGCCUCUACUACGUGUCCUCUGGGAAUCAAAACUGAAGAUUUUGGUACGGCAGCCGACUGGCCAACUUAUCGAUUCUGCAAUCCCAGUACAUUCGAGCAGCUUAAGCAAAGUGUGGAAAAAGCCAAGGCAGCACUUCAGGAUAGAAGCGGGUUUUUCGGAAACGGUAGUGCGUUUAGUGAUUUGUACAACGUGUCUACUGGACGAUCUCCGGACAAUAUUCAAGACAGUUCUAGUAGACUUAGAGACAAUUCCGAGAAUGAUAUCAAGAGAACAG